GCACCGCGUAAAAGUCUGACCACAUCUUUACCUCUCGUUGUUUGUAAGGAAAUAAAAAGGCGCGCUUCUGCUCGACCUUCCUCCUCACUCUCGUCAUCCUCUCUUCCUUCCCAUAUAGAUUAUUUCUACUCCAUCAUUGCACCAACUUCCAAUCCGGCAGUCCAGCCUUUCAUGUCGGAAUGGGCUCCAAAACACCCGAUGACCAGAUUCCUGGAGGUAAUGGCGGUCCACUCUCAGCCAGCCCUUCCUCCGCCGGCGGAGAACCUCGCGGCGCACACCUCUCCCGCGAUGGUGAUGCCAGUCUUGGAGACCAGGGCGAUGACGAUGACGACGAAGAAGACGAUGAUGACGUUGGCUCCAGACCCUUGAAGACUGAUGCCGGCCCAAAAAAGAGGAAAAAGAAGCCAAAGAAGAAGAAGAAGAAGUCUGCUGCCGUUACAAAGCAGCAGUCAUCGCCCCCGAGGGUGCCGCUGACUGACAUCUUCCCUUCCGGGGAGUACCCAGCCGGCGAGCAUCUCGCCUACGACAAGGCCCCUCCCGCGACCGUGAACACGUCCCGCACGACGGCCGCGGAGCUACGCUACCUGAACCGCCGACACCUCGAAGACCCGGAGCUACUCAACGACUACCGCAAGGCCGCUGAGGUGCACCGCCAGGUCCGUCACUGGGUCCAGGAGACGGUAAAGCCUGGUUGGACGCUCCUCGAUAUCGCGACUGGCAUCGAGGACGGCGUACGCUCGCUGCUGGCGAACCAGGGAAUCGAGCCCGGCGACAAUCUACGGUCUGGCAUGGGGUUCCCCACGGGGCUGUGCCUCAACAAUGAGACGGCGCACUACACGCCGAACCCCGGACAGAAGGAUGUCGUGCUGCAGUACGGAGACGUCAUGAAGGUUGAUUACGGCGUGCAGGUCAACGGGUGGAUCGUCGACAGCGCAUUCACCAUGAGCUUCGACCCGACGUACGACAACCUCUUGGCCGCGGCUAGAGAUGCGACGAACUCGGGUAUCAAGGCUGCUGGGAUCGACGUCCGCAUCUGCGACGUCAGCGCCGAGAUCCAGGAGGCGAUGGAGAGCUACGAGGUCGAGAUCCGCGGCAAGACAUACCCCGUCCGGGCGGUGCGCAAUAUCUGCGCCCACGACAUCAAGCGCUACCGAAUCCACGGCGGCAAGUCGAUUCCCUUCAUCCGGAACAGCGAUCAGACCAAGAUGGAGGAGGGAGAAAUCUUUGCCAUUGAGACUUUUGGGACGACGGGCCGCGGCAAGCUGUAUGACGAUGUCGGCGUCUACGGGUACGGGCUGCAGCAUGACGCUCCCGCGCAGGUGAGGCUGCCCUUCGCCUCUGCGAACCGCCUGUACAAGACGAUCAGGGAGCAGUUCGGGAGCAUUGUCUUCUGCCGACGUUACCUGGACCGUCUUGGCCUGGAGCGCUACUUGGCCGGGUUAAACUGUCUGGUUUCGAACGACGUACUUGAGUCGUACGCACCGCUGGCAGACAUCAAGGGGUCGUACUCCUCGCAGUUUGAGCAUACGAUUUUGCUGCGGGAGUCCAGCAAGGAGAUUAUGAGUCGAGGAAGUGACUAUUGAUCAGGUUGAUCAAGCAGGGGAAGAUUCGCUAGAAAGAUUAGAGAUCACCAGCAAGGCUUGUGCAGGUGGCGCAUACGAACAAUUGCGACGUAGUUUUGGCGUUCGGGGGGAUUCAACAUCUCUGGCGAGAGGAUGCUUCAUCAAAUUAAAAGGGCUGGUUCAACAUCGUCCUCACCUGUUCGGCAGUGUUACCACUUCUGGAAUUCGCACUAUUCACAUUCGUUUAGUAGUUUAGUUUAUCAGAAAUCAUAUUAAGAUUGACUUGCAGUAACA